AUGCCUCAAUAUUUCGGCAGUCUGCCGACAACAACAGAUGCUUGGACCGCUAUUGGUCGUGUUCAUAGCAUCAAACAUGAGGAUAAAAAUACAAUUCAUCUACAAUGUGAUAAUGCUCGUGUAUCCAUUAGUGUAUUAGACUCAAAUCUCGUUCGUGUACGACUAUGUGGAAAAGAUGAAGAAUUUUUACCACAACGACCUUGGGGUGUGACAUUGGAUGAUUCGGAAUGGAUAAAAGAAAACUCCCAAAUAAUUGUGCAGGAAAGUCAGGAUUCAAUUAAUAUUCAAACAAGACAGAUACGUAUCUCAAUUCAACGUGAAAAAUGUUUAAUUGCAUUCUUCGAUGAUCAGAAUCGAGCAUUCGCACAAGACACAGAUAUAGGUAUGGGUUGGCGAAUGGGUAGUGUAGCUGGUUGGAAAAAGAUUGAAAAUGAUGAACAUUUUUAUGGUUUUGGAGAACGCACAGGAUAUUUAGAUAAAUUAUCUGAAAUAAAGACAAAUUGGGCUGUGAACUGUUUAGACUUUGAUUCUUUAACAGAUGAAAUGUAUAUGGCUAUUCCGUUUUACAUUGCAUUACGUUCAAAUCUAAUGUAUGGUUUUUAUUUCAAUACAACCUAUUGGAGUCAGUUCGAUAUCGGUUGUGAAAAACCUGGACAAUUGAAAUAUGAAACGAGACAUGGUGGACAGUUAGAUUAUUAUGUAAUGUAUGGAAAACAACCAUCAGAAAUUAUUCGAACAUAUACUCAAUUAACAGGGAGAAUGCCGCUUCCCCCAAAGUGGGCAUUAGGCUAUCAUCAAUGUCGUUGGAGUUAUGAAUCGGAGAAUAUUGUACGUGAUUUAGCAAAAAAUUUUCGUCAACGCAAAAUUCCCUGUGAUGUAAUCCAUUUAGAUAUUGAUUACAUGCGUGGCUAUAGAGUAUUUACAUGGAGUAAUAAACGAUUCCCUAAUGCAAAACAAAUGAUUAAUGAUAUUAAACAAGAAGGUUUUAAAGUUGUUCCCAUUAUUGAUCCAGUGAAAUAUGAGCCGGAAGCUGACUUUGCACCGUUUGAUGAAGGAAUGGAAAAUGACUAUUUUGUUCGCCAUCGUGAUGGAAGACUUUUUCACGGGUAUGCCUGGCCAGAAAAAAUUGUCUUUCCCGAUUUUGUACGAUCAUCUGUUCGUGAAUGGUGGGGUAAUAUACACAAAACUUUGAUUGAAGAUGGCGUAUGUGGAAUUUGGAAUGACAUGAACGAACCUGCCGUUAGUGAUCGUCCAAUUGGUGAUGGUGGUGCAAAAAUUUGUUUUCCACUAGACGCCAUACAUGAUAUUGAUCGCAAGAGACAAGAUGAUACAAACGGUCCAAUAAAUAAUAAAACUGUUAUUCUACAAGCAUCUGCUUCGCAUUCAGAAGUACACAAUUUAUACGGUUUACUAAUGACACGGUCAACAGCAGAAGGGUUACGACGAUUACGUCCAAAAGAGCGUUCAUUUCUUUUAACACGCUCUGGGUUUGCUGGUGUCCAGCGCUAUUCGGCUGUUUGGAUGGGAGAUAAUCAUUCUAAAUGGGAUUAUUUAGAAACAUCAAUGCCAAUGCUAUGCAACAUGGGUUUAUCCGGUGUUUCUUUUGUGGGGGCUGAUAUUGGAGGGUUUGCAUCUAAUGCAACAGCUGAAUUAUUUGCGAGAUGGAUGCAAUUAGGCGUUUUAUAUCCAUUUUGUCGUGGUCAUUCUGCAAUGACAACUGCCAGACACGAACCGUGGACUUUUGGUGAAAAAGUUGAAAAUAUAUGUCGUGACUAUUUGAAUUUACGUUAUCAAUUGUUACCCUAUUUAUACACACUAUUUUGGGAGUCAUCGAUGACCGGUUCACCAAUUUUACGUCCAUUGCUAUAUCAUUAUUUUGACGAUAGUAAAACAUAUGCUUUGUAUGAUCAAGUACUAUUGGGUGAAUGGUUAAUGGCUGCGCCUAUUUAUCGUCAAGGUGUAGAAUGUCGUUGUGUUUAUUUACCAAGGGGUACAUGGUAUGAUUGGUGGACAAAUGAAAUAUACGAAGGUUCAAAAUAUAUUUUAGCUUCUGCUCCUCUAGAAAAAAUGCCACUCUAUGUUCGUUCGUGUGCUAUUAUUCCAAUGCAACCAAUUGUACAACAUACAAAUGAAAUUGUCAAUAAAUUAUUUCUAAAUGUUUAUCCACCACAAGAUCAGAAUGAACGGGGUGAAUUUAUUUUGUAUGAAGAUGAUGGAAAUACAUUUGAUUAUCAAUAUGGUAUUUAUUCAACAACGAAAUUUUGCGUUUAUAUAGAUGAAAAACCAGUUGCAAAAGAUGAUCAAGAGAAUGAUCCACAGAUGGAAGAAAAGAACGUUGACUUUGCUUUUACUGUUGCAUAUCCGACGAAUCUGAUACAUCUAAAACUGCUCAUGGACGAUGAUGAUGAUGAUACUAACAACAACAAUGAUCCUCCGACAGAGGAUACAUGUUAUCGUAAUUCAAGGUUUUAUGAUGCAUCACUAAAACGAUCAAAUAGUUCACCGGCUAUUCAUAUGAUCAUUAAUAAUCUUGAUAAUGAUGUACAAUAUGAUGAUCUGGAUCUUUGUGCGUCUAAAUUUCGUCGGUACAGUUCGUCUUUUGUUGGUUCUUCACAAUAUUCAAAAAUCGGACGUUUAGCUCAAAUUAUGAAGAACGAAAUUGGAAAUCCUAUAAUGGAUGAAGUUUCACAAGAACGUGAUUUACAUGAUAAUAUUAAAAUGUCGAUAUCAUUUACUGAUCUUGCUGUUGGAGAUGAACAGUUACCUCCACCAAUAGCUCAGUCGAUCGAUAGUCGUCGUUCAUCAAUCAAUAGUUCCGAUUCAUCCACCAAUUAUUGUCUACCUUUAAGUCCCUCAACUCCAAUUCGAACUGGUAGCAUUGUUAGUAAUCAACGGCAAUGUUAUUCACCUGCUUUACAGCAACAAGUUGCACCAUUCCAGUGUUAUUUAUCGAGUCCACCAAGUCGUUCACAAAGUCCAAUAGCCAAGUCAUCGUCAUCUUCAUCUUCUUGCUCAUUGUCAACACAUCUAGCAACCUUUCCUCCGAAUCUAAAACGAAAAAAUUGUGAAGAUCGAGAUAACGCUUGUCAAACAAAUAAACGAACGGCACUCGAUAAAGAUUAUUUAUUUGGAGAACAAAAUACUUCUUCACCCGAAUCAUUUUCAAGUGAACAUGGUCCAUUGACUGUGCCCUCACCAUUAAUUAAUACAAUCAACAAUAAUAAUCUUAUAUUAUCGUCCAACUCAUCGUCAUUUAAACCAGUUCUUCGUCGAUUGUCAAAUACAACUUCACAACAGACACAGCAACAGCAUUCAACUAGUUUUAAUAUUUAUACCAUUACACCCUCUUCUUUUCCACUUUCUUCACAUCAACAACAAAUUGAUAUUGAUUUAUCAUAUUCAAGUAAUCAUUUUGGUUCAACUUGUUCAAGUCCAACAUCGUCUACAUCCUCUUCCUGUUCGUUCGUACCAAUAUCACCGGCAACAACAGCGUCAACAUAUUCCUCUUGUAUAUCUGCAUCAUCAUUACUAGUACCAUCAGCUCAUUCAUUCGACAAACAUAAUAUUCAUUCAUUAGUAAUUCCAUCAUCGGAUUCACGCUCAACGGAAACAAUCACAUCUACAAUAAGGUCACAGCAAUAUAAUUAUUCUCAUUCAAAAAUAAAAUCCGGCUCAUCGAAUCAAUUACAACGUGAUCGUUCAUUAGAAACUGACUCUGAUUCAACAAAAGCGACAUCUGAUACUUCUACUACCACAAGAAAGUUAGAGCCAUUAUCUGUUUUAUUACCAUCACUUGACACCUUCGAAGCAACUGCAGUAGUGAACGACGAUGAUGGUUAUUCAUCGGCUUGUGCCAGUCCCAAACGAUCAAUUGUUGACAAUAAUGUGACGAAAUAUACGUUUCAAACAUAUUCAAUUGAUUCGAAUAGUCCCAUCCCUUCUUCUCCAACUACGGAUAAUUUAGAUUUAGAUAUUGCUCAGAAUGAUUAG